AAUGGGCACACAGCUAAUGUUAAUUACCUAUGGAAAUUUUAAUGAUGAUGAUAUCAAAGAAUUUAAGAAUGGAAUGCUAAGUUGUUCUCAAAGAAUUUCCUACAAGAAUCGAGGAGCUAGUCUAAUAUGGCAAAAACUUUUAUUUUAUGAUGGAACAUUCUUUUCAAGCUUGAAUGAUGGUCAAGAUGGAAUAUGCAAAUGCUUCGUUCGAACUGUAUGUGAUAAUAAUGGUGAUCCCCAAUCAAUUUGUACAAUGACUGGAGUGAAUGGGGGUAGUGAACAAACUGAGGAAGGAGAAUUUAGCGUUAAAGAAGAUAGCUUGCCACUAAUUGAGAUUCACACAGCUGAUGUAGGAAAUACUAAUGAGGCAGUACGUUACACUUUAGAAAAAUUUAAAUGUACUUUUCAAUUUAUGACCUUUAACCUCUUUACGACUAAAAAUACAACUUGCUUAAAAUCUGACCAGUUGACAGCAUUAAAUGACAAAAAUAUUGCAACUUGUAUUUCAAUUCCAAUUGAGAAUACUAUUCAAUUGGACAGUAAUACAGAAUUUGAAUUUGGAGAAAUUCUAACAAAGUUAACAUUCUCCUGCAAAUCUUAUAUUGAAAUAUUCAUACAAAAAGAAACUGAUGCAACCAGCACUUCGCCAUUAUGUUUGAUGUGUUAUCAAAUAUCAAACAGAAACUGUAUUGUGUUGCUAACAAGAAUUGAUAAUGAAAAAGAAAAGAAAUUCAUUGAACCUACAGAAGAGCUGAGGUUGUCUUUCUCUUUUAGUAGUUCAGAGAGUUUUGUUGACUGUCCAUUGGAAACUGGAAAUGUGAUUAAUGAUAAUGAAAUUACAUACAACAAUGAAAUUGAAGUAACCACAAUGGAUACAUCAACUACAGAAGUUCAAGAUUUUCAAGAGGAUUCAUUUGAAAGUCAUACUAGUCAAAGAGAUAAUUGCACUGAUGAUUUACAUUUCAAAAUUUUACAAAAUGGCAGUCAGAAAGGAAAAGAUCUUCUCAUCCACAAAGGAUAUACUUUUAACACAAAAAUGAAAAGAAAAACAGCUACAAUUUGA